AUGUCCGACCCACAGCAGCUGCUCGAUCAACAGAAUCGAAGCAUGCCGUCGGCCCCUCCGCGUACGAACGAGGAGCUCAACCUUUCUGUCUUACAGAGUCACGACCCAGCCGUCAAGUCGAUCCAGUCAAUCGCGCCAUUUGCGGUGGUCUACACAUUCAGCCCGUCUACGCGACAAUGGGAGAAGACCGGGGUGGAGGGCACUCUUUUUGUCUGUCAGCUUGUAGCGGGUAGCUUGGGAGAGGAGCGGUACAGUGUGUUCGUGCUGAAUCGACGGGGGUUGAAUAACUUCGAUCUUCCUUUGACGGAUGGCGAUAACGUGGAGAUUACAGAAGAAUAUAUUAUUCUCAAAUCUGACUCCAACUCCGAUCCCAGUAUUGCCCGUGCUAUCAGUGAUAUUCGCAUUUACGGGCUUUGGGUCUUUUCUGAGCCCCCUCCGAGUUCUACGUCGGAAACACGCAGCAUCAAUGCUCAGGUUAUCCGCGAAUGCGCUUCAAUGGCUGGGAAAAGUCUUAAAUUAGCUCGUGAGCGGCUAGAGUCUGCGCGCCAGAAUGGCCUACAUGCUGCUGCGACAGCUGCUUCAGGAGCCAUCGAUCCUUUGAAUGAGGUGCAAGCCAGUGUACCAAUGGGUCGUCAGAUUUCUCUUAGGGACUUGUUUGGUCAGGAAAGAGCGCAAGACGACUCUUGGAGUGUGAGAGCGCAUAGUCAGCCGGCACAAGGACAGCCGGCACCCGCUGCUAGUGAACAGCAGGAUGUUCUGGGAGAGCUCUUCAGGAGAAGUGGUCUAGUUUACCGAACUGGUCCGAACUCAUGA